AAUGAAUGACAGUCGCUCGAGUUCAAAUUAUUCUCAUAACCGAACUGAAUAUAGUGCAACUUAAAGUGGGGGGGGAAAUGAACGAGACAUUACUUACAGGGUAUUUUGACUUCGAGCGGCGUUUCGAUGAAAAUGUCGCAUUUAAAUGGUUUGAGGAAAACUGGACGAUAUCCUUUGUGUUGUGUGCUCUAUACGUCGUGGUUAUUUUCCUCGGCCGGCACCUGAUGAAAGACAGACAGAAGUUGGACCUGCGUGUUCCGCUGGUGCUCUGGUCCCUCAGCCUGGCUGUGUUCAGUAUAAUAGGAACAGUGCGUACAGGAUCCUACAUGCUACACCUUCUCAGUGCCGGCGGAUUCCGACAGACCGUGUGCGACAUGAGCAUGUACAGCGCGCCCAUCAGCAAGUUCUGGGCCUACGCCUUCGUCCUCAGCAAGGUGCCGGAGUUUGGAGACACGGUGUUCAUCGUUCUGCGUAAGCAGCGUCUGAUCUUCCUGCACUGGUACCACCAUAUCACGGUGCUUCUGUACUCGUGGUACACUUAUAGAGAUCGAGUUGCAGGAGGCUGCUGGUUCAUCACCAUGAACUACACCGUGCACUCGUUGAUGUACAGCUACUACGCGGCCAGAGCGGCCGGCCUGCGCCUUCCUCGUCCCUGCGCCAUGAUCAUCACCGCCCUCCAGACUCUACAGAUGGCUAUGGGCCUGACGGUGCUGUUGCUCGUAUACCACUGGCUGAACGACGUGACGUGCAGAUCCACAGAGAGCAAUAUCACCUGGGGCUUGAUCAUGUACUUCAGCUACCUACUGCUCUUCUCUUCCUUCUUCUACCAGUCCUACAUGAAGGGAGGGAAGAAGGACACGGCCGGGGAGAGAAGAGUUAAAGCUGAAUAGUGUGCAUUGAAUAGUGUGCAUCUCUGUCCAGGGUUUGAUUUAUGGGCUGUCAGGUGUGUAUGUAUCAGGAAGCAUAUGAAGUGUUCAGUAAACAGGUUUACACGGUAUGACUAGCUGUCGCAGUCAAAAAUCGCUAACAUAAUUAUUUGCUUGUGAAUUGAGAUCGGUGGUCUUAGAGCAUGUAAUUUGAUGUUCGCAGUGCAACCGAAGACAUCCAAUGACAAAGUUCAAGCAGGGUAAGAAAUUUUCUUAUGAAAAUCCCAGAGUGUGAGCGCUGCUUUGAAAAAAACGCGACACAGGACCCCGCUGAAUUCCCAAUCUCACUGAUUGUUGAUGUAAACUACGCAGAAUCAUAUAAUCUGACAUGGAGAACACAUUUACGCAUUGAAUUAUUAUCGAAUUUGGCUGAAGAUCACAUCUCCUUUUUUUAUUUUUUAUAAAGUAAACCGUAAAACAUGUGAGAAUAUCCAUAUAUUAUCUCAUUGACGACAGAAAUGACGUCAUUACGGUCCUUCCAAAGUCCAAUUGGUCCUCAAUGGAAAAUGUAAUAAAGCUCGAAUAAGUUCUCUGUUAUUCUAAUUUGAAUUAGAAAGUUUUACAUCAUCUAAACAGAUGCAAAUGUAUUCUCUGCCUCAUACUGUAUGAGUUGGGCAGAUCUUUCUAUUGGAUUAUCUGUGAUUAUGCUUAUUGAUUUGACACUUAAAAUCACUGUGAACCAGUCCAAUUCUAGUUCGUAAGCUACGAUUGCUUAUAAAAAAUAACUAUUAAAGAAAUUCCGUAUAAAAUGUUUGAACUUGAACACACAGACCUAAUAAGAGGUGUAGUAUACUGUAGUGCAGUGGUCACCAACCCUGUUCCUGGAGAUCUACCUUCAUGAAGACUUUAGCUCCAGCUGUAAUCUUGCCCACCUGUCCAUCUGAUCGUUGCCUUAAGAGGUUCUUCUAAUCGACUAAAAUAUGUGUGGUAGAUUUUGGUUGGAGAUGAAACCUGCAGGAAGGUACAGUAGAUCUCAAGGAAGAGCAUUGGGGACCACUGCUGUAGUGUGACCUUUCAGUCAGACACUGCCCCCUGGUGGUAUAACUGUGGUAUAACACUGUAUCCGUCUUCUGUACGUCUAUCAGAUUAUUGAAUUGAAUUGAAUAUAUCCAACUAUCCAUCCAUCCAACUAUCCAUCCAUCCAUCAGUAUACACAUCUGUGUGUGUGUGCAUUUUAAUGUAACUGUAAUCUGACUUUUCCUAUUAAUGUAAAUUCUGAAUAGCUGUUUAAAGGUUCCUAAACAGCAUUUAAAACUUUUUACAUUUUACAUUUAAGCAUAAACCAUGUACUACCUUUUUAAAUCCAUUUGAACGUGCCUUAAUUGUUCUCACAUUGAAAAUAUUUUCUAACAUCUGUCUAAAAGAGCUGUACAUGUUUUUUUUUUGUUUGUUUGUUUUUUU